CGGGGGCGCAGACUCGUUGCUCGCGCUGCUCUCUCGGCUCAGUUUCAGUCGGUCCAGCGCGCCCGCCAUGGCUCCACGUCUCCUCCUCGCCCUGCUCCUCUUCACUGUUGUGGCGAGCUCCAGCGGCGAGCGGGGCCGAGAAAUCCGGCGCCGCGUGCGGGUGACGACGACAACGACGCCGGUGCCGUCGGCGACGGCGUCCGAGUCGGUCGUCAACGACGACAAGCAGAUAUGCGAGGGCGAGCCCGGCUGCGAGUGGAGCUGCAACCGGGACCAGCCGGACCCCAACACCAACUGCAUGUGCUCGUGCGCGGCGCCUGACCCGCCCAAGGAGGACCACCAGUCCAGCUACGACGGCUCCUACUUCGGCAAGUGAGCCAAACGGACACACGACGUACGCAUUCCUACAACGAGACCAGCAAGCUUUGUCGAAACAACACGCCCUUUCGGACUUUGCCAGCCUACAAAUGACCUGUCCUGACAUCGUAUGAUUACACGCAUUAGGCCUAAGUGCGGUCCUAAUUUUACUUUUGUUGUUGAUUUUUUUUUUACUAAGGAGGAAAAUGUGCUGCAUCAAAAUGCGAUUCCGUGUACACGCCUGCAGGCAGGUUGUAAAUAAAUUUGAUAACGGCAUGAAUAUUUAGCGUAAAUGAAUAUAUGAAUGAAAAUUAGCAGUUUUAUCGACCCGAAUCAUAGUUUUCGUUCAAACCUUUGCAGACCAGCCUGUCAAGUCGGCAUGCACCCCUCGUAAUGUUAAGGUACGGUGCUGAAUUUUGGUUUAAAAAUUUUGUUAUGUGUGAUUUAAGGGAAGCGCAAUAAUGAUUUAAAGCGUAGCAUAUUUUCUUUGGCCUCCGAGCCAUGCUGGUUGGGCCGAUGUUCUGGCAAAAUCCUCGACGGCGAGACGUGGAAAAUUACGUGUAGAAUGGGACUCUUAGCGAAGCAGACGAGAGGUGAGGAUGGGUGCUACCGACCAAUAUAUUUAGCAAACUUUGAAUCCACCCCCAGCAAAGUGUUCAGCAAUCUACCCUGAUGCAUAAUUUUAAAAAUUGCGAGCCAUUGUAUUACAAAAAGAGUUGAAUCAGAGGACGAAAAAUAAAAUUGAAUCCCCGUUAAUCCAUCGAAACACACGCCGAAUUACCUGAAUUGAACAACUCUGCAAAUUUGAAUCCAGCCCCAUUCGCUUUUCGGUGAAUUUAAUACAAACAAACUCUAUGGUUUCACGUAGUUGAUUGGAAGAAGUUGAACACGGUUCUUUUCUAAAACGAAAAAUGUGACAAGCAUUAAUGGUUAAAAAGGCAUCAAAUAUUUUGUUAAUAUAUCAUAUUAGAAGUGAUACUAAAUGGUAAAUUAUUAAACAGAUACACUUAGGCGCGCGCGAUUAAAUAAAAUAAAGUUCUGAAUCAUAUGGCAUUUAGGUGCGUAGUGUAGCCGCAAAAUCACACUCUAUCUGCUGUAUCUAAAGUUUUUAGUCAUCGGUUGACCUUUUCCAUACAAAAAGGCCUAUGCAAGCUUAUUUUUAAUAAAUAAGAGGCGAACGCUAUAUAAUAAUAAUUGCUGAUAUUAUGGUAUCAAGAUUUUUUGCGUGCGAUUUUGUAUCGAGUUGAGGUGAGGUUGUUUUAAUUGUGCGGGAGAAAUAAAUAUGACCUUGGAGUGGUAAAGAAGAGAAUGCUGCGAAUGUAGAAUUGGGAAUAUCAAAUAAAACUGAAGGUGCAUUACUGCAAAAA